ACUUUCCACUACCUAGAACCUUCUACCAUCCUCUAUAUCCAUGAAAAAAUCUCCCCCCAUUUCUCCAAGAACAUUCCAGACACCCUUCUCUUUAUAAGUACCCAUCAUCUUUUUCUCUUACCACCUUCAAAAUCAUUUCAAAAAUAUCAUCAAAAAAAUAAUACUCAAAAUCAAAUUCUCUCUCCUCUCUAGAAUCCUCCACAACAAUGCCAACCCGAUCAUCCGGCCCGAUCUCUCAAGACUGGGAACCCGUCGUCAUCCACAAAACCCGACCCAAAACCCAAGACCUUCGCGACCCGAAGGCAGUCAACCAAGCUCUACGCUCCGGUAAACCCGUCGAAACCGUCAAGAAAGCCGUCGCAGGAACUAACAAGAAGGCCACUGCAACGGCUGUCAAUGCGCGGAAGCUCGACGAGGAGACCGAACCAGCUGCGCUUGCUAAGGUGGGGACAGAGGUGAGAUUGGCGAUUCAGAAGGCGAGGAUUGAGAAGAAGAUGAGUCAAGCUGAGUUAGCGAAGCAGAUCAAUGAAAGACCUCAGGUUGUUCAGGAGUAUGAGAAUGGUAAAGCUGUUCCUAAUCAUAUGGUUCUUGCGAAAAUGGAGAGAGUUCUUGGUGUUAAACUUAGGGGAAAAUCUGGGAAAUGAUGUGAUUGUUGUUGGUGUUUUUUAGGUGAUGAUGAUUUGUGGUUUAUGUGAUUAAAAGAGUUUAGGGUUUGUGUAUGGUGUAAUCUUUGAUCAAUGAAAAGUAAAUAAUUUCGUAA